UCAGCACUUUUAUUUUGAAAAACAACAAGUGACUUCCGGUUAGUUUGUGGUUUUGUCCAGGCAGUUCGGAGGAAGAAGGCACAACCCGAAACAUUUCGACUCUUUAACGUGGGAAAAUGGGGGCCUGUAUGGCUUUGUGCUCCUUGGCCAGCUGUGCCUCAUGUCUGUGUGGCUCAGCACCAUGCCUUGUGUGUGGCUGCUGUCCUUCCUCCAAUAACUCCACAGUGACACGGCUGGUUUUCUCUUUCUUUCUGCUUCUGGGAACUAUGGUCUCUGUCAUCAUGAUCCUACCUGGAAUGGAAACACAACUCCGCAAAAUCCCAGGAUUUUGCCAGGGAGGAACGACCAUACUUGGUAUCGAAAACCAGGUCAAGUGUGACGUUAUUGUGGGGUACAAGUCUGUGUAUCGCAUGUGCUUUGCCAUGGCCUGCUUCUUCUUUCUGUUCUCGGCCAUAAUGAUUCGCGUCCGGAACAGCAGAGACCCAAGAGCGGUGAUUCAAAAUGGAUUCUGGUUCUUCAAAUUUCUGAUACUAGUUGGGAUCACAGUGGGAGCGUUUUUUAUCCCGGAUGGAGCAUUUAAUUCUGUGUGGUUUUACUUUGGAUUAGUAGGAUCCUUCAUCUUCAUUUUGAUUCAGCUCAUUCUCCUGAUUGACUUCGCUCACUCGUGGAAUAAGAUCUGGGUUGGAAAUGCUGAGGAAACCCAGAACAAAUGCUGGUUUGCAGGUCUGUUGUCCUUCACCGUCCUCCAAUAUGUGCUGGCUUUCUCUGCUGUGGUGCUUUUCUACAUUUACUACACGCAGCCAGACGACUGCACUGAGCACAAAGUCUUUAUCAGCCUCAACCUCAUCUUCUGCCUCAUCAUUUCUGUUGUGUCCAUCUUACCAAAAAUACAGGAAGCUCAGCCACACUCUGGUCUCCUCCAGGCGUCCCUCAUUUCUCUUUACACCAUGUAUGUCACUUGGUCAGCCAUGACCAACAAUCCAAAUCUGAGAUGUAACCCGAGCUUGUUGAGUCUCGUCUUGCACGCCAACACCACCCAACCAUCUGCCAGCCCAGACUCAGGACACGUGCAGUGGUGGGAUGCUCAGGGCAUCGUUGGUUUGAUCAUCUUCCUCUUCUGUACUCUCUACGCCAGUAUCCGCUCAUCCAGCAACGCUCAGGUGAACAAGCUGAUGCAGACAGAGGAGGGCACAGGGUACGGCGGCGAGGGAGUCGUGGGGGAGGACGGCGUGCGCAGGGCUGUCGACAAUGAGGAGGAGAAUGUCACUUACAGCUACUCCUUUUUCCACUUCCACCUCUGCCUGGCCUCGCUCUACAUCAUGAUGACGCUGACCAACUGGUACCAACCAGACACCACCACACAAGCCAUGCAGAGCACGAUGCCAGCUGUGUGGGUGAAGAUGUGCUCUAGCUGGCUGGGCCUCGGGCUCUACCUCUGGACCCUCAUCGCCCCUCUUAUCUUCCCUGAAAGGGAUUUCAGCUAAGCACUCGAUGUCCUUGACUUGUUUGUCCUUCCUGUUUUCUCCUUGCACACUAGACAGUUUGAAGGAUGCUAUAAAAGGAUCUAAAAAGAGUGAAAUGAAGACUUUGAAAUAUCAUUUUUGUUGGGAGUUGUUUUCACAUUGUGUGUCACCUGUUUGCGUUAUGUUGUCUAACCGCUUUUGCUAGUAAUAAUCAUUACAGCAGUAUGAAAGUUUACACUGAUUUACAGCUUGUUCAAUAAUGACUUCAGCUUUUUCUUCAUGUGAUGGGCAACCCUCUGUUCUUUUGCAUUUAUAUUUUAAUGUAGAAUUUUAGACUCUGCACUCUUGUAAACACUCAGCAACAAGGCACUUUCAGUACCUCAGAAAUUUCACUCAUAGAUUCUCUAUUAAUAGCCUUUCUGAUCAGACACCUGAUUGGCCAGGUGUCUGGAAACCCCCCGAUUACCUGUACUGCCUCACUGCAGAGGGUGAAAUAAGGGGAGCCCUGCUCAGGAGCCCCACAGUGAAGCGAGUGUGAGCGUUAGAUAAGACUAAUAAGGCACGCCCUGCAGAUCAUAACAGGGCUUCCCUGAUGCUGCUCAGCUGUAUGCAUAGCCACGUCACUACAUCUUAAGCUGCCGACCGACCGCUGGUCUAAUCUUAGCUCUUCCUCGUCUGCUCUAAUUUGAGACGGUUUAUUCCCGGUGCUAAGCUUUUCCUCCCCGUCUGACAGCGUUCAGGCUCGGACAGCCACGGGCAACAAUCUUUACCUUUUUAUUGCAGUCUGUUGCAGCUGGGAAACUUUUAUUGAUCCUCAGCUAAUCAAGAACAUGUAGUGGGCAGAAAAAAAGGUCCCAGCAGCUGCAGCACUAACUCAGCACAACUUAGUUUUUUUAGUUUUUAUAAAUGCCACAUAUUUGUCAAGAGACAUGAGCAGAAACAGAAGUUUUAAAUGUUGUACAAACAGAAGUAAUGCGUUUCAGAAGUGAUCGAAUUGCUGUUAAAUUGUAUUGACGUUCAUCGUGAUUGGACGGUUGUAAUGCUGGUACAAUAAUUAUGCAUUAUGUAGUUACCUCAUUUAUGUGGAAAUGGGAAUAUUAUCAGUAUAUUUUGCACAUGUCAAAAGCAGUUUUUUUCUUCAGUCCUAAACAUUUUAUUCUUUUGUUUUUAAUAUUUUUCAAAAAAUGUCUUCAUAAAUAUAUGGAAUGUGUAUUGUGAAAUGAGUGAUCGUUUUUUUUCCCUGUGCAGUUUUACAUUUCAUCCCCUUUAAGAAUGUUAUUUUGGGUAAUUUUCUGUUUCCAGUUCAGUUUUAUAAAACUAUCAAGUGCCUCUUUGUAGUCCUGGUACUUCAGAAGGAAGAUGUGCUUAUAUGACUUACCUGAACAUUGUGGUGAGCCAUUGCAUGUCCUCAGGCACUGGUCUGUCAUGUGAUUUUAAACUUGUAUGUAAUGCAUUGAAAAUCACAUCUAAUAAAGGCACAGGUUUCUUUCA